AUGGCAAGAAGACUGAAGCGUCGCAGCAGUCCCCGACCGCCCAGGUUUCGCUGGCAGCGGAGCGAGAUCCACAUCCUUCUGGCGUGCCUGGACUAUUCCCUUCAGCAGAAUCUCGAGUUUGAAAACGCGGCAAUUGCCCACAUCGCCAAAAGAACAGGGAAACAGGUCACGGCAAAGCUGAUUCAAAGCGCACUGAAGAAGGAAACUAAAGACUACGGCCGCGCAGGACCAUGGACGGUCCAACAUCUUCUCUCUGAGGGGUCUGCUUUUCUGGAAGGCUACUGUGAUGCCGACCGUGAGAAUAUUCGCGAGGAGAUCAGCCGUAUUGAGCCGCCUCAGAUCCGCUACUGGUUGAGGAACACGUCUGUGGAAUCUACAUCUCGAUCUCGCACGCUAUCUUUGAACCGCCGUCAGCGUUCAGAGACGUCCACGCUUCCUAACCAUUCCACAGCAGAGUCUGUUAGCUCGGACGUGAGCUUGCAGCGGACCAACAAUGCCGGACUAAAGAGUGAAGUCGGGAAGCUUAGGAACUUACGGGAGCGGCAAGACUACAUUUUUACACUAUCCAACCGGCUGUCUGCAGCAGAAUACGAGUGCGCCAGAAUACAAGAGAGCGCGAUCAAGGCAGCUGAGUAUCGCGACGACGUUGUCAUGCAGCGAGACCUCCGAUAUGAGAACUCUGUACUCAAAGGCCAGCUGGUACAGAUGACUAGCCAACGGCGGAUGAUCACCCUCGCCAGCACCGGCUCGCUUGCGCCGUCUAUUCGGACCAUUUGGCAGGAGUUGGAAUGCAUGGCCACAGAUAUCGAAGAUGCAUGCGCAUCCGUGGACAUCACGAUCCCGCCAGCACCAACUGACCUUAGUACCCAUGGUGGACAGGAAGUCAAGCAUACGGAAUCUGAGUCCUGGUCGCUGCGCGUGGCCCAUUGCAGCCUCGACCAACUCUUCGAGCUGAUUUCGACUACGGAUGACAGCGUCUCCGAGUCCCAUAUUAUGAAAGCCAUCAUCGCUGCGGGAUUCAGCGAGUUAGUCUUCGAGUCAAAUUUCCCCGACCUCCUCGCCAAGGAAUCGCCAAUGCUAGACCAAUAUAGAAAACAUCUACUCGCCGAAGCCGGGCCACAAACACUCCAACAGCUCGAAGUCCUGGCCUACAAGUCCGUUACCUCCGAGAAAUACUUCCUAUUCCAUAUCCUCCAAACCACCGCAAAGAACCUCGCCAUCAAGCUCUCCAGCGCCCUAGCACACCUCAUCUCGCCCAACGACGACACAAUAAUCGGUGCCUCAGAGAAAGACCACGACGAGAACCCCGUCGCCAGCUUAUUUACCGAGACCUUUAUCCGGGCCCUAAAGCUCAAGCAGGAGCUGGCGCUAUCAGGGUCAAAAUACAGGCUAGUUUUCUUUCAGCCAGGCGAGCUGUUCAACCCGGAUAUCAUGUUCAGGGACGGCGACGGGGACAGCGCUUUUGUCCCGAUGGGGGUACUGGCCCGUAAGCAGGCAACGAAGGGUUGGCCGAGACGGCUCUCGGUGGAGAAGGGCGCGAGGAUUAAGCUCUGUUUGUUUCCGGCGCUGUAUGCGAAACGGAAAGAGGAGUUUCAUCACGGAUGA